AUGGCUGCCACUGGAUACUUCAACUCAAUAGUGCUAUCACCCAAAUGUUGUGUUAUGGGACCUGGUUACAACGAAAACGACUUCUAUGUAGAUGUCUAUAGUGUUGUUGUUGUUGUUGUUGUUGUUGUUGUUGUUGUUGUUCACCUGUCAAAGUCCUCAACUCCUCAACUCUUUGGGUCUCGUCGCUGGCCUUCGCCCGGUCUUUUUCCGGUACGCCAUCCGUUUACUUCUCUCUCCGCAUGCGCCGAAGCCGUCCUUCAGGUCGGUCGUCGUGUGCUGAGCGUGUUGAGGAACUGGCACAACAUCAACGAGGAGGCUCAGAAGUUGGUGGUCGACGCCUGGGCCGCGAAGGAGGUGGAUGCCCUGUAUAUGAAUCGCUGA